CCUUAUCUUCCACGCUUCCACUCGCCUCCCUCCACAUGACACUUUUGAGCCACACCAGAGCGCAACAUGACUAACGAGCGGUGCCACAUUAUUGCCCCGAUUGUCGUUCUGGUAUUUGCCCUUCUAGGUAUUCUGCUGCUUGCCCUCUCAACGGACGAAGUACAAGAACCAUCGGAAUAUAUGUAUGGUGUUGUCCUGGAUGCAGGCUCCUCCCAUACAACCAUGUAUAUCUACAAAUGGCCGGCCAAUAAGCAGAAUGGGACCGGUAUUGUGACCCAGUAUGAGGAUUGUCAUGUCACAGGAGACGGAAUAUCCAGCUAUGCCGGGAUGCGUGGGAAGGCAGGGCAGAGUCUGGUGGCAUGCCUCGACCACGCAAAGAAGGUCAUUCCCAAAUCCAGACACCACCUGAGUCCUUUGUACCUAGGGGCAACAGCUGGCAUGAGACUUCUGAACAUGUCCGAUACCAUCGAGUCAGAUCGGAUUCUGAAAGAAGUCAGUGCCAAACUGAAAGCGUAUCCGUUCAACUUUCUUGGGGCCGCUAUUUUGAGUGGUCAAGAGGAGGGGGCCUAUGGCUGGGUCACAGUGAAUUACCUGUUGGAAAAUUUCAUCAAGUAUGGUUUUGUCGGUGAGUGGUUUAUUCCAACAAGGAAGACCGUAGGAGCUCUGGACUUUGGAGGAGCCUCGACCCAGAUAACAUUUCAGACGACAGAUACCGUGGAGGAUCCUAAAAAUGCAAUGACAUUGAGACUAUAUGGACGAAAUUAUACUCUGUACACACACAGCUUUCUGUGCUAUGGCAGAGACCAGAUGUUAAGACAGCUCUUGGCUCAUCUGCACCAGGCUCAGGGAUCGUCUGGUAGUAUAACACACCCUUGCUACCCACUAGGAUAUAAUGUCUCUAUGAAGCUGAACAAAAUCUUUGAUUCUCCAUGCACAAAGAGUAAUGGGUACAAUGCUCAGGACACUGUAACGGUGACUGGAUCGGGGAAUUAUCAACACUGCCUUCAGAACAUGUCCAGAAUCUUCUCUUUUGACACCUGUUCUUUUUCCAAGUGCUCUUUCAAUGGUGUUUUCCAGCCCAAUGUUACUGGAAACUUUAUGGCCUUUUCUGCCUUUUACUAUGUCUACUCUUUCCUGCAACGAACCACUGGCAUUACCGCAACUUCUCCCAGCCUAUUGAAGGAAGCAGUCCAAGCUGUUUGCAAUAUGAGCAUGGAUGAGAUGCUGGUGAAAGCUCCUGACCAAAAAAAACGUCUCCAGGAUUACUGCGCCGCUUCAGUGUUCCUUCAGGUCCUCGUGCUGCAAGCCUAUGGCUUUGAUGAUAAGUCCUUCUCAACGAUCACAUUUCAGAGAACGGUGGAGGGCACUUCAGUUGGCUGGGCACUGGGCUAUAUGCUCAGCCUGAGCAGCUUGCUGCCCGGGGAGAGUGUGGGGCUGAGGAGGGCUUUGCGCCCUGAAGUAUGGGCUGCUCUGCUGGUCCUCUUCGUCUUCCUCCUCCUCCUCGUGCUGGGAUAUCUGUUACUGAAGGCAUAUCAGAGAAAGGCCAGCAGUCCCAGUGUCAUUUGAAAACCGGCACAGGGGUCAGGGGUCAAUCACCUGAGUCUGAACUUCAACCUUACAGUACAUUUGUAGCCUUAGCUGGUGAGCAGGACUGACAUGACCUCUCAAGAGUCGUUGCAGUUCGGCUAACCAUUGCAGGAAAACGUGAAGGAAAGUAGAGUAGUUAUAUCUACUUGCAAUUUGCAAUCAAAGGUGACGUCCGCGACUCAAUAAAUACACCUUUUGUCAAGUUCAGUAAACUGUUCCUCAUGGUCAUGUUGUCAGUUCUGAGGCGUGUGACUUCAUCAGCUGUUGAGCUCAUAUCAAAAACCUUUUGUAAGAAUUCUGGACUGGACCGUGGUCCGUUGAUCACAUUGUGGCUGUUUUGAUUAUUAUGUUUUGAAGUGAUGCUCUUAGAAAAAGCAUGGAAAGGAUUUCAUAUGAGAUGAUAAUUUUUAAAAACAUGUUCCAUGAAGGUGCUGUUGUGAACUUGCAAAUUAUGUGGUACAUUUAACAAUAUGCCCUGAUAAUCAGUGGUGUAAAUAUUAGUCAAUUAAGGCCCAUGUCUUAUGUAUGUAUUAAGCCAGUGUCUGUCACUACUCUCGCAUUGUAAAAAUAUAUAUUUGCUUUUUUGUAGUGGUAACUGGAAACUGGCUCGCAUAUUGUAGGCUAUAGAUCUAUUGAGCUUAAAUAUUAUUUUUGUUUUUGGCCCUGCUUGCAAGCGAAAGACAAACGCUCAACAUAUUUCAGCUCCUGAUCGUAAUGGCAACCAUUUUAAAUAGGGUUACAACCUGUGAAAUCUUACUGUAUGUGUGAUACGUUUUCUAUGUUUUUUUUAACUGCUCUGAAUAUUCAACUGUGUAAAUAUUAGUUGAGGCCUUUGUCUUUGUAUAGAUUUGUUGAGCUUAAUAUUAUUUUUGGUUUUGAAUAAAA